AUGACACAUUUACUAUUAUCGGUACCUGAAGCAGCUGCUUCUUCUGAUACCAUUCAAUUCAAACUUGUGCUUGGUGGACCAAUAGCUUGGUUACAUGAACAACUUUGUCAAUCCGUCAAAAUUGUUGUUCCCACUUUACCAGAAACACCUCUUGUCUUACUGAUGGACGAUCAAGAUUAUGUUGAAAGGAAACGUUUACAAAUUGCUAGAUAUUUCGAUAAACUGAUUCGAAGACAAGUAUUUUGCCACCAUGACAAGUUUAUCUUUUUUUUAUCCAAUGAUAUGUCACCAACUCAAGUGGGACCUACUAGUAAAGGUGUACUUUCCUUUUUACGAUUCAAUCGAACUCUAAAACAAGGCCGUGGUGGGUUUCAUUCUUACAAAGCAACUGAACCAGUGGAUGGCGAUGAAAAUGAUGUCUUUCAUCGACAUCAAAUUUAUAUUCUUAUGCUCGAAUCUUACUUUGGAUCUAUUGCUGAAGCAUUAUCUCAAAUGAUACAACUACGUGAAGGAUUGGCGGAUACAUUAACCCAUCUUGGUGAUACAGUGAUCGAAACAACACAAAGUAAAUAUCAAUUGGGGAAUGGUAUUACUUAUAAAGAUCAACAACGAGCUUUGGAUAGGAAAAUGCAACUUUUUGGUUUACUAAUGGAUGAACUUGGAUUUCUCGUCACUCGACAGGGUAAAGAAGAAAAUAUGCAAUAUGGUGAUGUCUUGUUAGAAUAUAAAAAUUCAAUGGAUGGUCUCAAAACAGUAUUCAAUGCAAGGACACAAAAGCUGAUGGAAUAUGUGGCAAGUGCUAAACAACGAAACAGAAAACGAGAUAGAACUGACAAAUUGAAAUUGAGAAUGGGAUUGAAUGCCUCUGAAGUACGAACAGCUAUGACUGAAGAACAAGAGGAAAGUAACUUGAAAUAUAUUAAAAACUAUUGA